AUGGACUUCGAAAUUCUCCUAUUUAGGACAAUGUCACUUGCCAUGAGCUUAAUUAGGAGACCCUACGACGCAGAGGAAGAGUCAUAUUCUGCAAUUGGCAUGUUCUUCCACGGAGCAUCCUCAGAGGCAAAAGUGGACCCUCAGUUCUACAGCAUCCAUGUUGAAAUAUCUAUCCGACACUCUAAAUGCUUAAGUCAGCCAAAAUUUACUUCCUCAAUACCAAAAUUAGCUCAGGAGGAACUGCAGGCGACGAAGAAUUUGACAGCAGCAGGCAGCACAUCACUACUCAGUGCUAAGGCCAUCAUCCCUGCUUUAGAGGAAAAGCAGGACAGGAACGUUGAGAGGAAAGAAAUGGAGCAAGAAAGGUGCAGUUACAACUGGAAACAUGCAGAGGCCAAUGCUGCCAUCAGCACUGUCAGAGAUGGAGAUGAGAUGGACACAUUGCAAGAACAAAUGGAGAGUUCUCAAAGUGAAAAAUGCACAAAUGUCAGUUCAAAGACCCUUCCCAGUCAAGCAGAGAAUUUUCCAACUGAUAUCUCUUUGACAUUAAUGAUGGUGAGACGAAAGAGUGGUUGUCCUGAUCCCAGUCUCCAAAGACAACUCAGAGGGCAGCUCCGUCUUCUGGAAAAUGAUAGCAGGGAGGUGAUAUCAGUUUUCAGUGAGCUAUCUGCCAGACUUCUGUCUAUUCAUAGUGAUCAAGAUCUCAUAGUGGUGACAUUUAAAACUUUUGAAGAAAUAUGGAAGUUUCUGACCUACCACUCACUGGGUUUUAUAAAUCAUUGCCUGGAGAAUUUAUUCCUAGAUCAAUCUUUCUGGCUCUAUUCUCAAGAGGAGGAAGAAACAGGUAUUGAAGUCUGCAUAAAUGAAAAGUCCUUAAAUUUGAUGUACAGAAGCCUGCUUGUACAGGAAGGGGAAUUUUUUGUUUUAUGUUGUGAUGGUUCGAUAAGAAAGAUAAUGGCUACAGACAAUGAAAUAAACACUUAUUUUGAGACUGGGGCUUUUACUGAAGAUGCAACAGGUGGAUCUAUGGAUAGUGACAUGACUGUGCUGUCUAAUGCUCCUUUGAAGCCAUUGAUCCCUUUUCAUCAGUGGUUUCUUAAAGCAUAUUCUAAUCCUAUUGAUUUUACAUACAAACCUGAAUCUAAAUCUAUCAGGAAAGUUGCAACAGGAUCUUGUCUAGCUGUGAUGAAUUAUGAAAGUGUUCUGUUGGAAGAGCUGAGUUUUCAGGAGGGGGACCUAAUUGAGAUCCUCGGCUACUUCAUUGAAUGCAUGGAAUGGUUUCUUGGAAGACACAUGUUUACUGGCCAAAUAGGUUUUGUAAAGACAAGUCAUGUUAAACUGGACUUAUCUAGAAAUAAACCACAAGACCUGGAUUUUCUUGAAGCAGAAGAGCUAUCUUUUUUUUCUAAAGAAAAAAAAUUGGAAGAAGUGAUACAUUUGUUGAAACAAACCUCUGUCACAGAUGUUUGCUCUGUUUACAGGAUAGACCAAUUAGAAGAACCAGAAUUCCAGAAAGCUCAUGAUUGUGCAAUUCCACUUUCACAUUCUAGCACAGGAUCCACUAGCAAGAAUGGCAAAAUAGAAGAAUUUCUGAAGAACUUCAAGAAUUUAGAGGCUGCUCAGGCAGAAGAGCCAGCUACUGAAGGCAAAGAUUCUACUAGCUCUUCAAGUGUGGAAGUCUCUUCUCCUGAAGGAACUUGUUUCCACAUAUGUCAAGAUGAUCUUCAAGCAUCUGACAUGUUUGAGUCAUUGUUACUCUUUUUAAAUAGGGAAGAGUAUGAGAGAAACUUCAAAAACCUGUAUGAUUUCUCUUAUCCAUUUAUCAAAAGCAUGUUUUAUGGGUUUUCAGAAGAAGAAGAACUGGUUAGUUUUUUUAGAUUAGCAAGGGAAGCAGCAAAGAAAGCAGGUAUGUCCUGGGCACUAGCAAGGCUGUGCUUUCUCUUAGGAAGGCUCAGUGUUAAAAAGCUCAAGUUUUCCCAAGCCCGGGUGUAUUUUGAGGAAGCUAUGAGAGCCAUAGCUGGAGGAUUUGGUGAUUUGUACUUUGUAAUUGCUCUUUAUACAAAUCUAACAGUCAUCUACUUGACACAGAAGAACAAAGAAAAAUGUUCUCAUGUUUUUGACAAGACUAUGUCUCUUCUCAUGGGAAUUCCCAAUUACAUUUGCAGUGCUGACCUGGAGUCAGAUAUUCUAAAGCAUGCUCUAAAGAGGACAAUUUUGAGCCAGAAUAAACAUGCAGAAGCAAGAGCAUGCUUUCUACUGGCAAAACAUUACAGUGCACACAAACAGCCUGAAGAAGCGCUACCAUUCUUAGAAAGGUUUCAGCUGCUGCUUAAUGACUUGGGUUUACACAACAACUUUUCAAGUAACUGUUACUUUAGACUAGCAGAGUCCUACAAUGAAAAGUGUUUGCCGCACAUUGUAUUAAGUUGCAUAAAGGUCGCCUCUUCCCAGAGCUCCAGUACUUUAACAGACUCCUUAAAAAGGAUUGAUUUAGUCAUCAAAAAUGCUCCCAAGUUGUAUGGCCUAAGAAAACUCAGACAAAUACUCCCAUCUCAAACUGUACCUUACCUCAUACAAGCACUUUCCUCUGUGUUUACUAAAGAGCAGCAAGGAAUAUGCAGCACUAUCAAUCUUAGCUUAGCAAAACUGUACAGCCACCACAAACAGUAUGGAAAAGCCAUUGUUUACAUGAUGGAAGCAUUGGAUUCUGAUGUUUCUGCUAAGCCAGAGGAAAUUAUUAACUAUUUGGUGUCACUUGCUUGGUUAUACAUUCUUUACAGGAAAUACGAUGUGGCUUUAUCCAUUUUAAAUGCAGUUGUAGAUUCUUCAUGGAGUAAUCCUCAACAACUGGGCAUUGCUUAUAAUAUGCUUGCUAUUGCUUUGAAAAGAACAAACAAUAUUAAAGAAGCUGCUGAGAGCUAUUACAAAGCACUGCAUCUUUCAGAAGAGACUGCUGUGGCCCAUAACCAAGCUAUAGCCCUGGCUAAUUUUGGGGCACUCUGCCUGCAUGCAGCAGCCAAUAAUCUAGCAGAACAUUAUUAUAUCAAGGCAGUGAAGCUGUUCUCCAAACUUCCAAGUAUGGACUGUGGCCAAGAGUUUAUCCAAGUCCUCCUUCAACUGGGAUGUUACUAUGUUGAUAGAAGCCAAAGAGAAAAAGGAAGGUUUUAUUAUGAACGGGCUUUUUUACUUGCAAUAGAGACAAGUCAUCUGGAAAGUCAACUACAAGCAAUUAAACUGCUGUGUCACUUCUACAGUACAGUUGUUCCCAAUGAGGCUCAGUGUGUCUUCUACAAUGAAUAUCAACUAUCCUUAGCUAGAAAGAUGUCCAAUAAAGUCCUGGAGGGGCAAAUUUUGGAAACCAUAAGUCAGCUGUAUUUGUCUUUAGGAACAGAAAGAGCUUACAGGUUAGCUCUGGAAUAUACCAAAAGGAGUCUUGGAAUAUUUAUAGAUCUCCAGAAAAAAGAGAAUGAGGCAUAUGCUUGGCUACGAGCAGGAAAGAUAUAUUACGUUCUGAGGCAGAAUGAGCUUGUGGAUAUUUAUAUUCAGGUUGCUCAGGAUACUGCUCUUUACACAGGAGAUCCAAAUUUAGAAAUGGAAUUGUUUGAAGCUGCUGGAGACAUAUUUUUCAAUGGUACUUGGGAAAAAGAGAAAGCAGUGACUUUCUACAGGGACAGGGCUCUUCCACUUGCUAUUGAGACUGGCAACAAAAACACUGAACUCAGGUUAUGCAAUAAACUGGUGGAAUUGUUGAUGAACCUGAAGGCUUAUGAGGAAAGUCUGGAAUAUGCAAGAGCAUCUCUCACUCUCAGUGUAAACUUAGGAAACCAGCUAAAUGAACGAAUAGCUUACCAUCGUCUGGCUGCCAUCCAUCAUCAUUUGGGUCACUGUGAGCUAGCUGAACACUUUUAUUUAAAGGCUUUGUCUCUCUGUUCCUCUCCUCUGGAGUUUGAGGAGGAAACACUGUAUUACGUCAAGGUCUACUUGAUCUUAGGAGACAUUAUAUUUUAUGACCUCAAGGAUCCCUUUGAUGCAGCAGGCUAUUAUCAUUUGGCACUUGCAGCUGCCAUGGACCUGGGCAAUAAAAAAGCUCAACUGAAGAUUUACACCAGACUUGCAAUUAUCUACCAUAACUUCCUUGUGGAUCGGGAAAUGUCUCUCUUCUUCUAUCAAAAGGCAAGAACCUUUGCAACAGAGCUGAAUGUUAGGAGAAUAAAUCUAGCUCCUGAUCAGUGUUAUAAAAGUUCAUAAGCAUCUUCGAAAAAUUCAGUUCAACUACAGAAUUACCAAGAGAAUUAUUGUGGAGGCUUUGAAGGAGGUUGCAGAACGCUUUCACUGUCUCACUAAGUAUGUGCUGUAAGCUGGAGCUCAGCAUUCCAGACUAAAUUACUGGUUUACAUGACAAUGAGCUACAUUUCUCUCCAAGAUACACAGUCUUGUUCUUAUCAUUUAAGAAUCAGCCUUUGACUAAACCCAGGACUCGACAGUCUUUUUUUUUAACUAAAUAAUUCUUUGCUGUUUCUGCAUAGCUAGA